UGUUGUUGUCACACUGGAAGAAAAUGGCUGCUGCUCCGACUUUUUUUCACUGAAGACACUGAUAUUUCCAUUUCAUUUUGUUUCAUUGCACUGGGGGCUUUUCUCGACCGCUAUGCAACCUCAAAGGGUGUGAAUGGUCACUCUAGGAAGGUGACAGUGUGGGGCAGAAAGGACAGCAUCGGAAACUGUCACUCGCCUUGCAGCUGGCAGUGGACCACAAUGCAACAAGUUCUGGAAUAUGCAUUGGAUCGAGCCGAGUACAUUGUGGAAAGUGCUCGACAGCGACCAGCCAAAAGAAGAAUCUCAUCCAGCGGCAGGAAGAGUUUGUAUCAGAAGCUCCAUGAGCUCUAUAUUGAAGAAUGUGAAAAAGAACCAGAGUUAAAGAAUCUGAGAAGAAAUGUGAAUCUACUAGAAAAGCUGGUGUCUCAGGAGUCUGUAUCGUGUCUGGUGGUCAACCUGUACCCUGGGAAUGAAGGCUAUUCGCUAAUGCUCAGGGGCAAAAAUGGAUCCGGUAAAACUAACUCUGAAACCAUCCGUCUCCCAUAUGAAGAAAGAGAGCUUCUGGAGUACCUGGAUGCGGAGGAGUUGCCUCCCAUUCUGGUGGAUCUGUUGGAGAAAUCACAGGUGAACAUCUUCCACUGUGGGUGUGUAAUAGUCGAGGUGAGAGACUACAGGCAAGCUGGUAAUACAAAGAUCCCCACCUAUCAGAGCAGGCACAUUCUUCUGCGGCCAACCAUGCAGACUCUAAUCUGUGACGUGCAUGCCAUGACCAGUGACCACCACAAGUGGACACAGGAUGAUAAAUUGCAGCUGGAGAGUCAGUUGAUUUUGGCCACAGCUGAACCUCUGUGCCUGGAUCCUUCCAUUUCUGUUACUUGCACAGCCAACCGUCUGCUCUACAACAAACAGAAAAUGAACACUCGCUCGAUGAAACGGUGUUUUAAGAGGCACUCCCGGGCUGCUUUGAACAGGCAGCAGGAACUAUCUCAUCUGCCCGUGCCACCACAGCUACGACUCUACGACUACCUUCAGAAGAGGAAGGAAAGGAAACCUGCUCCUGUCAUAGACUUAAAAAUCUCAAAGGUUGGAAAUUGUGUCGACAUGUGGAAGCAGAACAACUGCCAGCUAACAGUACCGAAGGAGAUUGAUGUGGAAAAGUAUGCCGUGGUUGAGAAAUCGUUGCAGUUGGGAGACGCUCAAACCACUGUGAUCUGGCCUGCAGAAGAAGUUAUAGAUGACUACACAUUUGAAUGUGAAGUGGGCGGCCAAGCUCAGAGAACCAAGGUGUCCAUCUUCCAGUCGAUGGGGGACCCGCUGGUUUAUGGGAAGAUCUACUCUGCUAAAGAAACAAAAGCAGAGGAGGACAGCCCAGAUUUAAAGCUUAUACAUCCAACUUUCCUCAUAGGGUCAAAGAUCGAUGCAGAAAGGUUUCUUACCCAGUACAAAGGAGUCUAUGAGAAAGAUGUGAAGUGUGAGGUCAGGAUGUCCCAUAACUCAGGCAACGUGGGACAGGGGCCUCUGUCCCCCAGCAAAGAUGAGGGUGAUGGUAUUUCUCCUCUUGUACAGACGUCUGUGUUAGGAAAAGGGGUGAAGCAUCGACCCCCUCCCAUAAAACUGCCUUCAGGAUCGGGCAGCAGCUCCUCAGGUAAUCCGUAUAGUUCGCAAACCACGAGUGGUUUACUAAAGUGUCCUACGCCGCCACCUCCAGCCAAAAGCCAGACUCUGAACAGGAAGCACUCCAUGGAGCUGGGCCAGGUAGGCCUGCUGUCACCUGCCUCCCUCUCUCCGAUGGGCUCCACGCAGAGAUCGGGAACCCCUAAGCCUUCUACUCCCACACCCACCAACACACCAUGCUCAACCCCUCACCCUACCGAUGCGCUCUCCACGCCCCUCUCAGUGACCCCUACCCCCUCGGAUCCUGCCAUGGUUCAGAGCCAGUCACAAGCUCCCCUGCUUACACCUUUCGCCCAGCAACAACUGGCUCUUAGCCAGCCUCUACCUGUCAUGUCCAUCCCUCUUCCCACCAUGGGGACAUCAAUCACCACAGGAUCCACCUCUUCACAAGUUAUGGCAAACCCAGGGCUCAACUUCAUAAACGUGGUCAGCUCUGUCUGCAGUCCCCAGACUUUAAUGAGUGGCUCCAACCCAAUGCUGGGUCCAGGUCUUAAUUUGAGUGGAAUCCUGCCACCUGCAGGGUUGAUGUCCACCAUGCAGUCCGGUGCCCAGACUGGGAGUCCUUUUGGUCUGAACAACAGUGCUGGACUGAGACCGCUAAACCUGUUACAGAUCCCCCCUGGUCCUUACAUCCUUAACUCUCUGCAGCAGCAGCAGCUGUCCCAGUUCUCCCCACAGCAGAGUCAGUCAGCUACGUCCAGUCCUCAACAGCAGGGGGAGAUGAGCGACCAAGGAUCCGAUCAGAGUUUAGGAAACCAGCAGACGGCUGUCAUCAAUCUCGGGGUUGGAAGCUUCAUGUCUCCACAGACAGCAGUGCUGUCCCAGUUGGGCUGUGGGCUGGACGGGUCUGGGCCCCCGCUGCCUUCUCCAAGGCUUCAGCAGCAGCACCAGCCACAGAUUCAAUUGCAAUUCUUGCAGCACCAAAUGCAGCAGCAGCAAAUGGCUAUGGGAGCAGCGGUUCCUCAGGUGGGAGCGCCACGGCAACAUACCGGCAGUCAGCCAAGAAGUAAGAGGAAGAGGAGCACGCCACAGCCCCUCCCAAAGUCAUAGCAGACAGAAGUCACACUAAACCCCCAGCCCUACACACACACACAAGGACAUGAAUGAUCUAUACUGUGCUGUUUGUCUGCCUCACUUUUAAGACAGCAGACAAAAGACUUGUUUAUGCUUUUUCUAUCUGAUAAAUUUGUAUGUAUUGGUUCUCAGAAGUUUUGGAAAGCCAAAACGUCCACUGUGGAGGAUCAGGUUUUUACAACAGGGACUACUUUUCAAGUGAGAUGGUCCAGAAGAAGGUGGGUCUGGUAAGCAACGGGCAUCCGUGGUUACAAUGUCCUGUUAGGAAGACAUUUUUUUUUGUGAGGACUGAGAGGAGCCCGGAUGCACAUUCUCAGGAGGAUUUUGCACGGGGCCGCCUGAUCCUCCUGCCUCUGCUUUGUUGACCCUCCAAUUCCCCUAUCCCAAAAUAAAAAACCCCAGUAGAUACUGCCCUUUAAGCACAGAUACAAGCUGAGCUUAUAUUGACACCAAAUCCUCCAUGUAACCAUGACGACUUUGUGAGAAUGCAAACCUGAUCUUGGGAGUAUUGCCUGGGGGCAGCUGUCUACCUCUCAGUCUGUUGGAAGUGUUUCUUCUGUUAGCGGUUCCAGCAAACAGGACUCAAGAUCAACAUGCAAGACAAGGUGUACUUUUUGUACAGCAUAUUUUGAAAAAGGUGUCACCUUUUAAUAAGUCCAGGAGCCAUGAGCAUAUUCUUUACAUGACAUCAGCUGAGCGUGCGCGAGGCAUUUCUGGACACUGAGAAAUAAUUUUUUAAGCAGCCUUUGUCAUCAGUUUUAUUGUUAUUAAAAAAAGAAUAUAUAUUGACAGUGGAAAAUACAGCUUUUAGAUAUAAAACGUU